AUGGGUGCUGAAAAUUACAAGCCCACUUCCUGGGCCGCCAUCCAGAAUGCCACGUUACCGGCUCAAGGUGCUGGCAAUCAGACCUUUGACAAUCGCGUGUUCUUUGGCGUUGCCAUUGGUGUCCCUGCAUAUAUUAGCUACACGCUGGGACUCCCCUUUUGGUUCUUUUUAGUUUUGGCUGUCGUUAUGUUUUUGCCCAUCCUGGCCUGCACUCUUUACUUGACUUCGCGUUUCGCGUCGCGCUAUCGCAACCGCGUCGAGCUUCCUGGCAAGCCUAUUGAAGAAUACAUCACCAUCCAUGACCCCGAACUCAAGGCAUCUUACUAUGGUCGCAACAAAAUCCCCAUGGAGCUCUUUUUCGAGUCGUACUUUGAAGGCAAGAUUGAUUUCAACGGCGAUCCUCUUGAGAUUAUGGAAGCCCGACACGACUGGGCUGCUUUCCAGUUCACCCUUGGCCAGUUCAAGUUCUUUUUGACCCAGUGGUUGCCCGAGACCUUCUGGCACUCGCGUGAGCAGGACGAGAACCAGGUCCGUGAUCACUAUGACCGUGGCGACGAUUUUUAUGAAGGCUUCUUGGGUCCCUUGAUGGUCUACACCAGCGGUAUCAUUUCUGACAAGAACAAGCGCGAGACGCUCGAGGAACUUCAAGAAAACAAGAUGCGUUUGAUUUGCGAAAAGGUUCACCUGAAGGAAGGCGAGAAGCACUUGGACAUUGGCUGUGGCUGGGGUACUUUGACCGGUUUCGCCUCCAAGCACUACGGCAGUGAGUCCACUGGCGUCAGCUUGUCGCGUAACCAGGUUCAAUACGGUAACAAGAAGUUUGAGGAACAGGGCAUCGCCGACAAGGCCAAGCUUGUUUGCAUGGAUUUCCGCAACUUCCCCUCUGGUGCCAAGUAUGACAAGAUCACUUGUGUUGAGAUGGCUGAGCAUGUCGGUAUCCGUCGUUUCCAGACUUUCUUGCAUGAUGUCCGUGAACUUUUGGAUGAUGAUGGCAUGUUCUACAUGCAGGUCGCUGGUCUCCGUGCUACAUGGCAAUACGAAGAUUUCAUCUGGGGUCUUUUCAUGGCCAAGUACAUUUUCCCUGGCGCUGAUGCUUCUACUCCUCUUAACUGGUACAUCAACCAGCUUGAGACUGCUGGCUUCGAAAUCCACAACGUCGAUACCGUUGGUGUCCAUUAUUCCGCUACUUUGGAGCGAUGGUACCACAACUGGAAUAAGAACAAGGAGCCUUUGCGCGCCAAAUAUGGUGACAAGAUUGUUCGUGUUUGGGAAAUCUUCCUCUCAUGGUCCACCAUCGUCGCUCGCCAAGGUGGCGCUACUUGCUUCCAGAUCGUGGCCAACAAGAACCGCAACGACUUUGACCGUGCCGCUCUUAUCUGCAACCGCACUAACCCUUCUACCUGGGCUAAGCAGCAAUAA